AUGAGCACAGCUGGGAGCGACAGCUACUUCCAGUUGUGUUUCCCCUACACACAGCAAAAGAACAGCAACAUCUCCUGCUUCUGGGAAACACAACCCUUGGGCUGCGUGAGGAUCACCUGUGCCUUCCAUCACAGGAAACCUCGUAAUAUCAAUGGACUGUUUUUGCCACCUACUGACAAUGCCCCGUUGCAACAGGGUGUCCAAGAAGGCAUUCUGCAUCCAGCCCAUCGUCAAGAUGCACUCAGAAGUCAGGAGAAUAUUUUAAGACCAAUUCACCCUCCACUGAUUAUAAACCUCAACGACAAACAGGAUGAAGAGGACGAUGAAGAGGGAGAGAAAGAUGUUGCUGAAUGGGUGCCGAAGACUGCUGCAGAUAGUGAAGAGGAAAGAGCAAUAAAGGAAAUAUGCUAUAAGUCUGGAGAGUAUUACAGGAUUCGGUACCCUCACGAACACCAAUCAACAAAAUCCAUGUAUUCACCUCGGGAAAAUGAGCUACUACCCUUGGAAGCUUCCGAGCGAGGCUUGCAGAAAGGUGAUGGUACUACAAGUCCUACAAAAUUUCAUAAUACCAGAAGAGGAGGAGAGAGUUUGGGAAGGAGAGCACCAACAGAGGGUGUUCCCAGAACAUAUCGUAGAUCCUUUGAAAAUGGAGGAAUUCACACUCCAGACCCCAAGCGCAAACCAAGGUACCAACAAAGGGGCCAAAGUGAGGAUGACAAGGCUGCUUCUUCUGUUCCUUGUGCGAGAGAAACUGGAAGAAAGACUUAUUUCAAUCCUUCACAACCUCGAAGAUCAGCAUAUGUAGUCUACCGUACUGUCACCGUCACCCAAGAAGCAAAGUUCAAUGGAUGUACAGCAGUACCUGAGCCAGAUGGUGGGAAAUGCUCCAAACAAAAGAAUCAGCCUGACACAAACAGAAGAUGUUGGACCCAAACGGACAACUGCGACAAAUACACUUCAGGACCUCAUAAUGCACCACCUUGGAGGAAAAGAAAUCCACAAGCAAAAACGUUCUCCACGUUCAAAACAACCAUUCAGAGCCAAGAAGACAGGCAAGCGAAUAGAAAAGGAGAACGAUACGUAGACAGGAGAAAGAGAUGAAGCGAGUGCGUCAAUUUCCAAGGAAAAUCUAAACUGAAAGAAGGAUGUUGUCAA